UAUGAGACGGUCAUUGACGCGAAAAAGUUGGGAUGCGGAGUAGUAUUUUUUAUUAAUUACAUCAGACGACGACAGCGCGCUAGAGUGAUCUAUGGAAGCUCCGAAGUCACAGAAGCCGAUUCUUCUGAUUUCUCUGCUUAUAUUUUCCGGCAUUUGCGUUAGAAACACUCUCUCAGAAGGAGUCACACCCGAGGAAGCUAAAGAGCUCCGAGAUGAGGUGCGGGAAAUGUUUUAUCAUGCCUUUAAUGGGUAUAUGGAGCAUGCUUUUCCACGCGAUGAGUUAAAGCCUUUAUCAUGUGAGGGAGAAGAUACACUUGGUGGCUAUGCCUUGACACUGAUUGAUUCAUUGGACACAUUAGCUUUGCUUGGGGAUCAAGAGCGUUUUACUACUUCUGUUGAGUGGAUUGGUAAAAAUAUCCGAUUUGAUAUUAACAAAACAGUUUCUGUUUUUGAGACUACAAUUCGGAUUCUAGGAGGCCUGCUUUCUGCUCAUCUCAUUGCAAGCGAUUACAAUACGGGAAUGAAGAUCCCCUCAUAUGAAGAUGAAUUGCUUUAUUUGGCUGUGGAUGUAGCGCAGAGAAUGUUGCCUGCAUUUGAUACUCCUACAGGGAUACCUUUUGGGUCUGUGAAUUUGUUGCAUGGAGUUGAUGAUAAUGAAAGCAAGAUAACAUCUACAGCUGGCGGCGGAACUCUUAUAUUAGAAUUUGGUGUGCUUAGCCGCUUAACAAACAAUGCUGUUUUUGAACAAGUUGCAAUGAAAGCGAUUCGGGGGAUAUGGGCUCGCCGAUCAAAGAUUAAUUUGGUUGGUGCACAUAUUGAUGUUUUUACUGGUGAAUGGACACAAAAGGAUGCUGGAAUUGGUACAAGUAUAGACUCCUUCUAUGAGUACCUUUUGAAGGCUCAUAUAUUAUUUGGAGACAAAGAGUAUCUAUUCAUAUUCCAGGAAGCAUACAAAGCUGCGAUGAACUAUCUAUAUAGUGACCCCUGGUAUGUAGAAGUAAAUAUGAAUUCUGCUGCUCUUGUAUGGCCAUUAUUUAACAGUCUGCAGGCGUUCUGGCCAGGUCUCCAGGUUUUAGCUGGGGACAUUGAACCUGCCAUUCGAACACAUGCUGCUUUCUUUAGUGUCUGGAAAAAAUAUGGAUUUACUCCAGAGGGCUUCAAUCUUGCCACACUCAACGUUCAACCAGGUCAGAAAAGUUACCCACUGCGUCCAGAAUUAAUUGAGAGCACGUAUUGGCUUUAUAAAGCUACAAGGGAUCCCAGAUAUCUUGAUGCUGGAAGGGACAUACUUGCAAGCUUGCAGUAUGGUGCACGAUGCACUUGUGGAUAUUGUCAUAUAUCGGAUGUCGAGUUUCACAAACAAGAAGAUCGCAUGGAGAGCUUCUUCUUAGCAGAGACUGUGAAAUAUUUAUGGCUACUCUUUGAUUUGGCUGCUGGUCCAGAUAACCUAGUUGAAAAUGGCCCAUACAAGUACAUUUUCAGUACUGAAGGUCACUUGUUGCCUGCUAGUCCUCGUAUAUCUCUUGGACAUGAGCAUUGCUCAUACCUUGGAGCAUACUGUAGAAACAAAGAUCAUGAGCCAAAUGUGCACACUUCAUACACUGUAGAAACCAAUUAUACUGGAUCCUAUCAUCCUUCCACUCCCAGUUUCUUGUCAAACAACCGCUAUAAAAAAUCUCCACCCAUGUCUGGCAUGGCUAAGGGACUCUGCCUGGGUCUUACGCAUGGGCAAAGAUAUGGCAUAUCAUAUGUGACCUCUACGGAUCCGAUUGUAAAUGAGGAGCAUUCAAGCCAAACGGAGAGUGCUGCAACUCAGGGAAAUUCAUUGGUACUAGUUACUAACCCUGAUGUUGACGACUCUCAAACAAGUGCUCAAACUAACCAGGACAGUGAAAUGAUACUUACUGAGAGCCAAACAGAGUGACUUUUCGUGAGAAUGAAUAAGAUUGGGGUAGCUGGUUAAACCUUUCAAAGAAGGCAGCAAAAGAUAACUUUGGAAGGAACCUAUCAUGCCAAAACUAGUAAGCACAAGGCAGACUGUUCGAGUAACAGAUCAUACUUGUAAUAUCCAGCUCUCCAAUACUGGGUUGUAGAUCUCUUUCUGAUAUAGAACACCAUCGAGAUCUGAGGCUGAGAAUUGGCUUUUGCUCAUCACAGGGAAAAAUUUGCAACUAUUUAUCCUAGUCGCUACCCGAUUCUUUAAUUUCAUUAUAGAUUUUUGUACCGCAGUGACUUAUAUUCUUUUGUUUAGGUGAUGACUGGUAGAUUUGUUCAGUCAUCUGAUGUCUGAUGUACAAUGUAACUUGAAUAGGUAGGAUGCUGGAUUACAUAUUCACACAUGGUUGAGAUUACAGAAGCGGCUUUUGUACUUUCCUGACAAAUUUGAACUCUACUAGAUACUUGAAAGUUAUUCUCCCUCCAUAGAUCCAUUUCCAUGACGGGUGGGACAACCCAUGAAGAUUCUCUUGAUUUUAGAUCUGAGUUGUGUGAGUAGUAUAUUCAUUUUCUUUUGACGUAAUGGGAGUAGCUUUAGAUGGGAUAUUAUUGUCUUUCUGUAUGCUAGUAGGUUCCUAGACUGGAGUACUGGACUUUCAUUGGUGCAGCAAAAUGGAACAAACCGUGUUGGGACAGUGUAUUUGGUUAACAAACCGUAUUUAGUUAUAUCGUUUCCACCUGGCC